GUAGUGAGUGAUACUUUAAUGUCCGAAUUAGAAUUUCAUAUCAAGUUGUUAGAUAAUGUGAAUAGAGAAGAAGAGAAUGAAGAAGAAUGUAAAUCUCGUGGAGUUGAUUAUAGUUGGUUAGUAACUAGUAAUAAGAAAGGCUAUUCGAUUCCACAGUUAGAGAGGUUGGAAUUAGAAGAACUGUGCUGUAAAGUCCAUUGUCAUGAAUGUGGAAAAGUUAUUAAUCUAUUCCGAGAUGCUUUAAUUCGUAAACCCUUGGUUCAAGAGGUGCCUGCUAUCAUGAGAGCAUGUAUUAGUCAGAUUAUGGAACAAAGACCACAAGAAGAGAGUUUGAAACAGUGGUUGACACGAAGGACAUCUAGUUUAAGUAAUUUAAGAUUAAGAUCAAGUAUU